AUGUCUUUCUUUGGGUUUGACGCUACGCGCCCGACCGAAGAGUAUGACUUUGAAGAGACGUACGAUGGGUUAGGAGAACGCAAUACCGAUGCACUCAAUGACGAAACCUUCGGUGAGAGCCAGAAGGAGUUCAGCUUUGCCCAGGCGAAUCCAAACGUGAGCUACGCGCAGGCUGCCGCCGAGCCCCAGGCCAGAGGCGGACGGCCAGGCGAGGGCGCUCGCGGUGACGACUUGCAGCCAAUGGCCUCCUUGUGGGGCGGGGAACCACAGUUCCAUCCACCACCGCAGCCGUUCCCGCAGUUCCAGCAGUUCCAGCAGCCUCAGCAAGACAAGAAGUUCUUGUCGCUUGAGGAAAUUGAGGCACAGAUGGCGCCACAGUUUCAGCAGAACUUUCCACCGAACUUCAACCCGAACAUGUUUCCGCCGCCGCCAGGGUACUUUCCGCCAGGGAUGAACUUCCCGCCUGGCUUUGCGCCGCAAUUCCAGCACCCAGGAUUCUUCCAGGGGCCACCACAGGCCCAACCGCAGCAAGUUCAGCCUCAGGUUCAGGUUCAGGUCCAGCCUCAGGUUCAGGCCCAGGUCCAGCCUCAGGCCCAGGUCCAGCCUCAGGUCCAAGUCCAAGCCCAGCCGCAGUCUCAGCCGCAGUCUCAGGAAAUCGAGAAGGUCAAGCCAGACCUCUCGCAGUUCCCGGUGUUGGGUGAUAAGGCCGGAUACCCGCGAGGGCAUGAGCACGAGGGAGUGGAUGAACUCGAAGGGCACGAGCAUGCGCGCACGGAUGAACACGAGGAGCACGAGAAUAACCACUCGCAUGACCACUCGCAUGCCCACUCGCAUGCUCACGAGUACGCUCACCCCGACUUAUCCCCAGAGGAGCAAUCCCGCCUUGUCGCCCGCUCCCAAAAAGUCCAGCGCAUCAUGAAGUACUCCGGGAUCAUGAAUCCCCGCGAUAAGGACUUUGUCACGCGCUUCCAGCUCUCCCAGAUCGUCACAGACGACCCGUACAACGAGGACUUCUACUUCCAGAUCUACAAGGCGCUCAGACGCGUGUACAACAACCAGCCGCUCAACCUGAUCGCACAGGCGUAUCUUGAGCACUCCGGUCACCGUCUCGGCGGCAAGUACAAGCGUGCGGACGUGGCGUUGCAGCGGAUGCAACAGCAGGUGCAGAAGGCGGUGACAGUCGCACGCGAGCGCCCGAAGUUGACGCAGUUUGCGCGCGAGGGUGCACUCGGCAAGAUCUCGAUCGGUAACGGACAGAAGCCGCGCCAACAGCUUGAGAUCACGCAGGUGGCCACGCCAAAGCGCACGGACGCAUCCGGCACGUUGAAACCUGUGUCGCGUCGCUUCGUGCUCGGGGCGUUGGAGCGCGUCAUCGCGAACAUCUUGGCGCUUGAGGGCGCACACCGCGAGGGUAAGCCUGCCGUGAGCGACGACUUGUGGGCGUCGAUGCACGUGCUCGACCAAAGCUACCAGGUGAACCCAUUUAUUGAGAUGCUUUCGUAUGAGAAGGGGUUGAAAAUGUUCCCGCGCAUCUUCCCGUUGUUGUCGCGUGAGCAGCGCUUAACCGUGGUGACGCUUCUUUUCGCGAACUUGCAGCACGUGCAGGUGGUUGCGCGCGGCUCGUACCGCGCAUACGCGGAUGCGCGGGUGCCGCGCGACGUGCUCACGCACAUCGAGUUGUUCCAGGUGACCGCGAUGAAAGUGUUGCUUGUGUUCCUUUCCGAGGCUAAGUUCAGCGAAAUCGUCGGGCUUCUUGCGAUCUUGGUCAGCAGCAACAACGUGGCGUUUGUGUCAACCACCCGUCUCGGGCUCGCGCUCAUCACCUUGUUGAUCUCGCGUGCGGAGCUCAUCAAGCAAGAGUUCAAGAUCUCUGCCACCGAUCUUGCGAUGUGGUCGUCUGUGUAUGAUGAUUUGUUUGGGUGUCUUGAAUCUCGCCUCGCAUGGAUCUUCCCGCCAGCGGUCACAGUUGAUGGCGAGCCAGUCUUUGAAGAUGAUUCUUACACCUGGCAGUUCCUCGCGUCGCUUGCGCUCUCGGGUAAGUUGAACCAUCAGAGAAUUUUGGUCGAUGAGAUCAGGGACGAGAUCUUCGGGUCCAUGAGCAAGGCCAAGGCCCAGGGCGGCGACGCGGGUGCGCGUACCAUUCUCAACUUGAACUUGUUUUUGAACGUGAUUGGGUUGAACGCGACGUACGAUGAAAUCACUGAGUUGAAGAACUAG